CUGUUACCAUUUCGUAAAUCUAUGAGUAUGUAAUUAUUAUUUACUAACUUAAUGCAGUAUUAAAACGCUCGUGUUCAGAGCUGUAUCCUUUAUUGGUCUCAGCAGUUUGUCUAGGAAACUUCUUAAUAUUUGUCAAUAUUCAACAUAACAAAGUGACAAUGGAAAGUAAAAAGCUCACAUUUACCGAAACAAUCAAUCUACGUAACAAAUAUGUCGGUUGGCCACUGUCAUCCGGAUGUGGUGAGAGCGGGCGUAGAACAAAUGCAACAGUUGAACACCAACAGCCGGUUUCUGCACGAUAACCUGGUGGUGUGCGCAGAGAAGAUUGUGUCGAAAAUGCCAGAAUCGCUUUCGGUCUGUUUUUUCGUCAAUUCCGGUUCUGAAGCAAAUGACUUGGCAUUGAGGUUGGCCCGUCAACACACCGGCAACACGGACGUCAUAACCAUGGACCAUGCAUACCAUGGUCACUUGACUUCACUAAUUGAUAUAUCACCAUACAAAUUUAAUUUACCUGGAGCACCAAAAAAACCAGAUCACGUGCACGUAGUUCCGGUUCCGGAUGUAUAUAGAGGUAAAAUAAGAGCGGAUGAUCAUCCCGACGAAGAUAUGGGAAAAUUAUAUGCUCUGGAAGUUAAAAAGAUUAUUGAUGAAAACGUGAUCGGACAACGUGGUCAAAAAGUGUGCGCUUUCAUCGCAGAAAGCUUACAGAGCUGUGGUGGCCAGAUUAUAUUACCACACAAUUACCUGCGAGAUGUUUACUCAUAUGUGCGGGAAGCCGGUGGUGUGUGCAUUGCUGACGAAGUUCAAGUGGGAUUUGGCCGGUCGGGUACGCACUAUUGGGCGUUCCAGAUCGACGGACCCGACGUGUUACCCGACAUCGUGACCAUCGGCAAGCCCAUGGGUAAUGGACAUCCGGUGGCGGCUGUCAUCACCACGGAAGCAGUGGCCCGCAGCUUCGAAGCUACCGGUAUUCAAUAUUUCAACACGUACGGUGGAAAUCCCGUGUCGUGUGCAAUAGCCAUCGCCGUGAUGACCGCCGUCGACGAAGAACGGAUGAUGGACAACGCCAAAGACGUGGGUGGGUACUUGCUGUCCGAACUCGAAAAUAUGCAACGGAGGUUCCCCGACGUGAUCGGCGACGUCCGAGGUGUUGGACUGUUUGUGGGUGUAGAACUGAUAAAGGACCCGAAAACCAAGACUCCGGCCACGGUGGAAGCUCGAGAGGUCGUGGACAGAAUGAAAGACGAAUUUAGAAUAUUGGUCAGCAGCGACGGACCUGACGUGAACGUCAUCAAACUGAAGCCACCGAUGGUGUUCACCAGAGCCAACGCCGACCGCUUUCUGAAGGCGUUCAAAACACUGAUUUCAGAGAUUAGGACUCAACGGUUUCAAAUGCUGUGAUUUAUUUUAUACUGCCACCUACUAUAAAUGUUUACGUAAUUCAUCAUAAUUAUCAUAAUUGUAUUCUUUAAAUAUAUAUAGGUUAUAUAAAUAACAUAUACUUUAUAAAACAAAACGUAUUGUAUGAUACGUUAUGCAUGAUAUAGGGUAAUAUUAAAAUAUUUAUAUGUAUAACAAUUUAAAUAUUUAACUGGAAAUAUUAAAAUAAUGAAACCGAUUAUUGUUUUUAUGUGUAGAAAUACGUUUAUGCUCGUAGAUAUUUGUUUGGCCCUGUCAGGCCGUGAACUGAGCGAAUACAAAGUAAUUGAUGUAUUUUGUAUGGUUUUUUAAAUGUUUUUUUUUUGUUAUACAAUAGACUAACUUUAUAAAAACAGCUAUAGUAUGCUGUGGUCAAUUAUAAAUUCUUAUAAAUUCUUUUAAUAAUUACGUAUUCAAGAAGAAGAAGAAGAAGAAGCAGGGUUAUUCUGCAGAUUUUCUUCCGCGUAAUUCGGUGGUAAUUGAACUCGUAUUGCAUCGAGACGUGCUAUGACGAUAUCGCAUUUCUUAUGGACGUCUUCCAAUGCAUUUUCAAGUAGAUCUACUCUCUUAACCAACCUGAGAACUCAUUUUAUUUAUAAAUCAGCUUGGAAACAAUUAUUUCUA